GGAAAACGUCGAAUGAUAUUGAUUUCAUUGGUGCUCUUCAUGAUAUACUACCUUCUCAACAUGCCAUGGCCGUUCUAUCCGGAGAGCUUGGACUUCAUUCAAGUCAAUGGCACGUACACGGAUGUGACCAAAGUGAAUGGUGGUUGCUACGAUUACUACAAAUGGUGUGCGUGGACAAAACGAACACCAAUCUAUGUGUACAUUUUCUGUGCGACUGUCCUUUUUGGUGUCGCCUUUCCCUACUUUGCCACUCCAUCCGGUACGAUCUAUUCACACGUACUUGGACCUCGUAAUCAGUUCGUUCAACUUCUGAUUGCAUUUCUAUUGGCCUCCAUCUUCUAUCGACGUCUCGUACCACUUCGACUGGUACCGAAAACUGGCGAGUCGGCCAAAUACAAACGAGGAACGUUUUGGCGUUUGUGA